UAGUAAGGCACUUGCACGUUAGCUCAUAGCUAGCAGGUUAGCUACAGCAUUUCAUCCUUUGGUUUCAUGUAGUUGUUAUUGGAGUCUUUGUCUGAUUUAGCAGCUAAUACAGCGCAUCACAGAGAGAAAUAAAGAUGAAUUAUUCGGAUUACGACUCGGAUGGUUAUUCUUCAAAUGAAGAUGAAGACUACGUCCCUUCUGAUGAUAACCUGAGCGAGGAUGACAUGAAUGAAUGUGAGAAGGAGGAUGCACUGGAGGUGGAGGGUCACGACGCGCAGCAGUCAGAGCAAGUAAAGAAGAAAAAGAUGAAAACUAAAGCAAACAUUCCUAUGAGGAAAAGGAAAAAAGGAGGACUCAAACUAGAAGAAGAUGAUGAAGGUGGUUCAGCAGACCAACAGAAAGGUGAAGAUAUGCCAAAAGAGGAUCAUUUUGUAACUGAGUCACAAGAGGACAUUGAAGAGAAACAUAAGAAGAAAGCAGAUGAUCUUUGGGCUAGUUUUUUGAGUGAUGUUGGCCCUCAACCCAAAGCAGCAGCUCCAAGUACAGACUCUCAGCAGUCCACAUCUACGACUGGUACAGAUAAGCCCAAUAAACCCUCGACAGCGUCUCAGCAGCAGGAGGACAAACCAAAAGAAUCCUCCAAAAUCACAAUCACCAAGGUGUUUGAUUUUGCAGGAGGAGAAGUUCGGGUCACCAAAGAGGUGGACGCAGACUCACGAGAGGCCAAGAGUUUUCUGAAGAACGAGGAUAAGGUGCUGAAGGAGAAAGAAGAGUCCUCUGAGCCACAGCCAUCCGUAUUGCUCUCAUCUGGAUCCAGUGUGAAGAGGCCAGCGGGCAUGGGGGGCAUCUUGAAUCGCAUUGGGGCCAAAAAGCAGAAGAUGAGCACUUUGGAGAAGUCUCAGAUGGACUGGAAUGCCUUUAAAACAGAGGAGGGCAUUGCAGAUGAGCUGGCAAUCCAUAAUCGAGGCAAAGAAGGGUACGUGGAGCGAAAGAACUUCCUAGAGCGAGUGGACCAGCAGCAGUUUGAGUUGGAGAAGAGUGUGCGUCUGAGCAACAUGAAACGGUGACAAGAGAGCAGACAUAUUCACUGAUCAAAACACAGACUGUCCCAUAUUCACACACACCCUCCAUACACUCUCGGUUUUCCUUGUCACAUAGGUGGAAUUUUUUUCAGAUCCCUGGCCUGUAGCUCCCCAAAACUGGACUGCCUUCACAAUCGAAUGUACAGCUGCCAUAUUGUCUUUUUCUUCUUCCGCUCUUCCUUUGUCCAAUAUUGCAUGUCCACGUUUAUCAGGGCUUUUUUAACAUGAAAGAGGAACAACUCAAGAUGUUUUUCUUCUCUAGGAUUUCUUCUCUAGCAAUUCCUCAAAAACCUCAUUUUAUAAUUAACUGAGGUACAUCAGGCACACCUAACCAUUCAAUAAUAGUGCCAUUAAUG